GGGGGCAAUGGGCAUCACACGUAACUUUCGUGGAGAAAUAGAGGUCCAAACUUUUGAAUUCUCGCCAGUGGUCAAUGCAUAAAUAUGCCAUCUCUCUUGAAUUUGAAUUCCCUUGCCUUUGUCAUCGUUUUCAACUAUGAUACCCGCCAACACUAUUCCCAACGACACGACUAAUCACGAUGAGACAUCUCCACUUCUCCGUCCUUCCAAUGCUCACAAUGCUGAAGCUCAAAUUGCUGAGAAACCCAAGUCUACUCCUCUACCAAAGGGCCAACUCACAGCACUCUGCAUAGUUCGUUUAAUCGAACCUAUAGCCUUCACCCAGCUCUUCCCAUACGUCAACGAGUUCAUGAGCGAUCUCCACCUCACAGAUGACCCAUCAAAAAUCGGCUUUUACAGCGGCUUGGUUGAAAGUGUUUUUGCUAUAUCUCAACUGUGUUCCAUCUACCACUGGGCUAAGAUAUCAGAUGUGAUUGGACGACGCCCUGUGAUAUUUUUGGGCAUAAUCGGGCUCGCCACCACCACGCUGAUGUUUGGUUUAUCCAAAUCGCUGGUUAGUGUCUUAGUGGCACGUUCCUUAGGCGGUCUAUUUUCGGGAAACAUCGCUGUCGUCCAUUCAGUUCUGGGAGAAAUCACCGAUUCCACAAAUCAGAAUGUGGCGAUGCCCAUAUACGGUCUCUGCUGGCCUAUUGGCUCAAUCAUCGGACCACUCAUCGGUGGAACGUUCUCUCACCCAGCCUCAAAAUAUCCCAAAAUGUUAGGAUACCGGUUCCUUGAGGAUUACCCCUAUUUCCUGCCAGGCUUCGUUGCAUUCAUCAUCGCUAUUAUUGGUGUUUUCCUUGGGUUCAUUUUCCUUGAUGAGACUUUGCCCAGCAAGCGCAACGGCAAGAAAAGCGGUUCUCCUAAUACAAGCACCAAUGACGAUAGUGUCACAACUGCACCGGCUCUUCCUGAGAAGCCUUUUGGUGUUUCUAAAUUAUUAUUGAUACCAAUCAUGUCGUCUUUGGCAGUAUCUGGUUUCAUGCUCAGCUGUCUUGCCACAUCCUUCGAUGUUGUAUUUGUCUUGUUCUGCUACACGCCCAUUGAAUUGGGCGGUCUGGCGUUCUCAGCAUCACAAAUCGGAUACUCUCUUGCCAUCGCGGGUGUUAUUGGUGCUGCUAUCCAACUUUGUAUCAUGUCCUACCUCCUCCGAACGUUUGAAUCUGUGAAGAUAUAUAGCUUCUGCAUGGGCAUAUGGCCUUGGACCUUCUUCGUAUUGCCUUUUCUGAACCUCAUCGCUCGUGCUGGCUUGGAUGAGACCACCGGCGAACUCGGAACCACCGUAGUUGCUCUGGUGUGGGCUGGUAUCGCUUUCGCUCUCUUGUUGACCAAGGUCGCUACUAUUGCCUAUUCUGUCAGCAUGAUCCUUACUAAGGAGAACGCUCCGAAUCCUGCAUCGCUGGGGCAGUCCAAUGGCAUAGUCCAGUUUGCAAUGUGUUUUGCGCGAUCAUUCUCUCCCUUUGUGGUCAGCGCUUUGUUUUCAGUCUCCACAAAGUACAACUUAUUAGGCGGAUACCUGUGGCUUAUUAUUAUGAUGAUGGUCUCGUUCCUGGGCAUGGCGGUAACACGCAAGGUCGAGCAGAACAGUGUGAAGACAAUCGGUUGAACGAACUAUUCCCAAUGCAAAACCUACCGCCUAUUGCGGUAAGCAAUCACAUGCACAUUGUAUAUUCCCAAGGCAUAUGUUAUGACACUCAUGACUAUACACGUCCAUUUCAAUCUUUGCUUAUAUCCGUUUCUCGCUAUUGUUAUCCACAAGUCAUGCUAUUUUCUCUUUCCUUCCAAGGGCACUUCCUAUACCGAUCAACAUGUACUUGUUCCGAUACCACC